UUAGAAUAUAUUCAGUCAUCCUCAGGAACGAGAUGGCGGUUCUCUGGAGGCUGAGUGCCCUUUGCGGUGCCCAAAGAGGCCGAGCUCUGUUGCUGCAAACCCCAGUGGUCAGACCUGCUCAUCAUAUCUCAGCAUUUCUUCAGGACCGACCUAUCCCAGAAUGGUGUGGAGUACAGCACAUACACUUGUCACCGAGCCACCAUUCUGGUUCCAUGGCUGCAUCUCUCCACUGGACUAGCGAGAGGGUUGUCAGUGUUUUGCUCCUGGGUCUGCUUCCGGCUGCUUAUUUGAAUCCUUGCUCUGGGAUGGACUAUUCCCUGCCUGCGACCCUCAAUCUUCAUGGUCACUGGGGCCUUGGACAAGUUGUUACUGACUAUGUUCACGGGGAUGCCUCGCAGAAAGCUGCCAAGGCAGGGCUUUUGGCACUUUCAGCUUUAACCUUUGCUGGGCUUUGCUAUUUCAACUAUCACGAUAUGGGCAUCUGCAAAGCUGUUGCCACGUUGUGGAAGCUCUGACCUUUUUGACUUCAUACUUUGAAGAACUGAUGCAUGCCUCUUUGCCUCUGCUUUGUCAUGCCAUUAAGCUCACAAUAAGGAAGAAAUAACAGAUAAGUCCAUUGGUGGACAGCCUUCUUCUCUUAAUCACAAGGUUAUUUUCAGAAUUUAAUCUUUGAGGAAAAGGUUUGAGAGGAAUUACAUCUAAGAAAUUCUGAGACUGAGUUCUG